CUCGCCGCUAAAAACCUCCCACGCCCCGACGCCUCCUUGGGCUUUAGCGCUCCCCGAGUUCCCGUAACCUCCCCCCGCCUCCAUCUCCAUUCCUGCCGUGCCAAGGUCUGGCUGCCGCUGCUGCUCGAGGUGGUGGUCGGACGGAUCUCCGGUGAACCUCGGCCUGCAUAACAGGGAGGAUUUUCUUAUAUUCUGGUGAAGAUGAAAGGAACUCAAGGGUCGCAAUUAAAAAAAUCCCGUUCAUGGUGGUGGGAUGGCCACAUUAGUCCAGAAAACUCCAAGUGGCUCUCAGAGAACUUACAAGAGAUGGAGAUGCAAGUGAAAGAGAUUCUGGGACUUGUUGAAGAGGAAGGUGAAUCCUCUACAGAAAGGGCUGAGGUGUAUUACCAAGAUCGACAUGUGCUUGUUGCCCACAUAAAAAAUGUCUAUCGCAUGUAUCGCACCCUUGCUGAGCGGUAUGACAAUGUAACUGGAGAACUGCGGAAAAAUAUCCCAUCAUCACUGCAACCACAUGGCUCUUUUGGUGCCCCUGAAUCAGAUUCUGAGACACAGUCUCCUCCAUCUACAGAGCAAAAGCCAAAAACUCGAUCAGAUUGCUUUGAUGUGUCCAUUGGCUCUGGUGUGAGCUCUGACGUAUCCAAGAAGGGGAGUGAUGGGUCUUCAUCGUCUUCAGAGUCUGAGUCAGAGCUUGAUGAAAGCAAAGAGGAAAAUGGCAACAGCAUGUUUUAUGCCUUGAGCCAAAGAAUUAUUGAGCUUGAAGAUGAGCUUCUUGAAACAAGGGGAAAACUUGAUGCUUUAGAGGACAAGAAUACUAUCUCAGAAGUGCCUGAACAUGAUGAAAAACUGCGGGAGGAUCUUGAAGAAGUCAACAGUGAGAAGGAAGCAUUGGAAGCUGCGGUGUUGGCAAACAAAAAUGAGACUGAUGGGCUGAAGGAAGCAAUAGCCUCAGCAGCUAAACAGUUUGAAAUUGAAUUGGCGCAUCGUGAUCUUGAAGUUGACAAGUGCAAGCAGGAGCUUGUAGAACUUUCAGCGAAGUAUCUGCAUGAUAAAUCUGCUCUUGAGGCUGAGAUUGGAAUGCUCCAAGGAGUUAUCACAAAUUCUGAAGGUGAGCUAGCAAAAUUGUCACAGGAGAAGUUGCAGCUCGGGUCUCGGGUUGAAGAGCUAGAAGAGGCAGCAGGCUGCUUAGAUUAUUCAGCUUCCGAGGUGGUGAAGCUGCAAGAGGCAAUAAAGAAUACAAAAGCAGAACUUGAGGAAGUUCUACUGGAGAAAGAAGUAACCAUCAAGAACCUAGAAGCACAGCUAGAAAUAUCCUUACAAGAGAAAUCAAUACUCCAGGACCGUAUUGAGGAGCUGGAGAGGGUGGUGUGUGCUUCUGUGGAAAAACAUACUCUGGAGAAGUCUGAUCUUAGCGCUGAACUUUCAACACUAUCAGAAGCCAAUGCCUCUCUCGAAGGCAAGCUGGCAUCCAGGGAAGCAGAGCUUAAGCACGCUUAUGCUGACAGGGAAGCAGAAUACAUGGACAGCCAGAAACAUAUUUGUGAGCUGAAUCAAGACCUUGCCAAUCUUACAAGCAAGCUUGAACUGAUAUCAUCAGAGAAAGUCACAGUUGAAAACAAGCUGGCCACUCUACUAACUGACUUCACAGCACGUGAGGAAAAGGUGAAACAGAUGAAUGGCCACCUUAGUCAGCUUCAAAUUGAGCAUGCCAAGAUAUCGGCAGAGUCUGCUAUCGUGCAUGAGUCCCUACUGGAGCUGCGCGCUCAGGUUUCUGAGCUCGAGGAACUUGUGGAGAAGCAGAACCUCGCGAUCUCUGAGAGCGCCGAGGGAAAGCGUGAGGCGAUUAGGCAGCUGUGCUUCACCCUUGAGCAUUACCGCAGCAGGUACCAGGAGCUGCGCGAGAUGCUGCAGCAGGGCCACAGGAGACCACAGAUGCUGAUGGCAGCCUGACCAAGCGCGUCCUUCUUGUUCCCAAGAUCCUUUUGUGCUUAUGAAUUGGGUUCUGUAGCCUUUUCAGUUGAGAAGAACUCUGUUAUGUCUAUGUGCAACUGCAAUGUAAUGUGAGAACCAUGUCAGUCAUGGCUGGCUUGAAAAGAAAGAAAAGCAAUCAUGUCCGUCGUCGUUUGCUCUUUGUCACUUCUGUUACAAUCUCAUCAUAUAUUCAAGAUGGUGAAUUCUGUGUUUUGGUCUUUGAAACGGUGAUGUUAGUCCGCCGACCUAUGGCAUGUCCGAGUCAGUCUUGUAUCUUCGAAUCAAAGUUGAGUUUGUCAAGAUUCGUGAAUUUUCGUGCA